UUCCGGUCCAUAUCCUCGCAGAAGAAUAGCAUCCUGCGAUACACAUUUUUGAGCCCCGUCAAACUAUUCAAGUUAUUUAACAGAUAUUAAAAUAAACCAGUAAAAAUAUGAACUACUCCGACUACGACUCUGACGGGUACUCGUCCAACGAAGACGCAGAUUACGUCCCUUCAGAUGGAAGCCUUAGUGAAGAUGACAUAAAUGAGUGUGAAAAAGAGGAUCCUCUGCAUGAGGAUGACGAGGUGCCACAUCCUGGUGUUCACAAGAGCAAAAAGAAAAAGAAGGACAAGACAAUGAGCCGAAAGAGGAAAAAGGGAAUUUUUAAAGUGGAAAAUGCAGAAGACAAAGAUAAAGUUGAAGAGACUGAUCAGCCUCCAAAUGAAGAGACACCCGCUCAGCUGACGCAAGAGGAAGAUGAGGCAAAACAAAAGAAAAAGUCAGAUGACCUAUGGGCCAGUUUUCUAUGUGAUGUCGGUUCUAGGCCAAAGCCGAGCACAGCGGCCACAGACUCCGAUACCACAUCCAAGGGGGAAACACAGUCUUCCACUGUCAAAACAGCUUCUCCAAAAGUAGACACAAAACCUUCUGAACCUGCAAAAAUGACCAUUACAAAAGUGUUUGACUUUGCCGGAGAAGAAGUCAGGGUAAACAAAGAGGUGGCAGCAGACUCCCGAGAAGCCAAGAGUUUCUUAAAAAGUCAGAGCUCUGCACAGGAGAACAAAGAAAAAGAGGAAGAGAGCUCUUUACCAUGUCCGUCUUCUGCCGCUGCAUCAAGUGGAGGGAAGAGGCCACCGGGUUUAACUGGAAUUCUUGGUCGUAUUGGAGGGAAGAAGCAGAAGAUGAGUACUCUAGAGAAGUCUAAAAUGGAUUGGGACGCGUUCAAAACGGAGGAAGGCAUCAGUGAAGAGCUGGCCAUCCACAACAGAGGCCGGGAGGGGUAUGUGGAGCGAAAGAACUUCUUGGAGCGCGUUGACCACCGACAGUUUGAGAUAGAAAAAACAGUUCGUCUAAGCAACAUGAAGCGAUGACACAGACGGACAUCAGCAGAUUAGAGGAGGGGACGAUUUCUCUCAUUUUGUAACUUCUGGAUUUUUGCUGUCCCCUAUGAGGCACUCAGCUGCUGUGUGGAGGAUUUGAACAUUUUUGUCACAUCUUUUAACUACACUGUACAAAGGGCAAACCACACUAGAUUUGUGUUUAUUUGGUUGACAUUGUCAAAGUAUGAGUUAGCCUGUUUCUUUGUCAAAUGCACAGUGCUCUUCAUUUUGAUAUACUGGAUGCAGUUGUACAACCUAGUUUGCCCUCAGCAUAAAUGUUAAAUAUCUUUGAUUAUUGGCUAAUCAUGUGAUACAGUUGGAUUAAAACAGUUUGUAUGAUCA